AUGGCCGAGAACAAGACCCCCGAGUUUGAGCCUCCCCAGGCGUGCGUGCAACGAGUCAUCAAGUCGGUGCUCCCUGACAACGUUCAGAUCGGCAAGGAUGCCAAAGCAGCCUUCUCGCGCAGUGCGGGUAUCUUCAUCAUGUACCUGACGGCAUGUGCGAAUGACUUUUGCCGAGAAGCGAAGCGUCAGACUAUCAGCGCCCAGGACGUCAUGCAGGCCAUCAAGGAGUUGGAGUUUGGAGAGCUAGAGGAGCCGCUCAAAGAGUACCUUGAUCAGUACCGUCGUGAGGCCAGCGCUAAGAAACAGAGCAAGGCCGCAAUGGGGGCUGCAGGGCCUGCCGCAGCAAAGAAGGGGGAGGCAGGCGGCGACAUGAUGGAGGAGCCAGAAGCCGAUGAUGGGGAAACGGACGGCGCUGGCGCUGGCGCUGGCGAUGACGCACAAGGUGGUAGAGACAGGGUAGUUAACGCUGCUGGUAGUGCUGAUGCCCAUCGACAACAACAAUCAGGAGCCGUGCCGGGCGGUGGUGAGGCGGGAGCUAUUGCGACUCCGACGGGCAUGAACGUUGAGCGGCAGGAACCGCCAUCCGGUUUGCAGCAGCAACAGAGGCCGCCACCACAGCAGCCCCCCGCGGCGUCCGCGGGCCUGGCUCCAAUGGACGAGGACGGGGGUAGCCAUGCAGCACCGGCACCAGCACCGGCCGUACCUGCUGCCGCUGGUUCGGGCGAGGGUGGCGUUGUAGGGUAGAUUGGGAGCCGCCCGAGCGGAGGGAAGGACAUGGUUCUUGUUUGCACGGGAAUUCCGCCAAACGAGCGGUACAAAAUUGUUGUCUACACGUUGAUAUUCUUGUUUUUGUAUCAUGGAGGGCGUGUGCAGCUAGU